UAUCGAGCAUUGAACCCUAGUAUUUCAGCAUUGCAGCAAAUCAACCACCAACCAUGGGCAGUAUCAACCCCAGCAUUGAUCUUGUUGCGGCCCUACCGGUAGCGUUGUUUGUUGUUGGUCUCAUCCUGUUGAUGAUCUCCUGUUGCAUGGACGACGUGGCGUGUGAAGGUGGUAUCUCCAUCCAAAGAUGAUAUUGAGACUGUUUGUACCAGUACCGGUACCUUUAGCAGUUUCAAUGAUGGUGGAAGCAAUUCCUUGUUUGUGCCAUUGGCCAAAACACCAGGAGAAGAGGCACUCUGUGAUGAGGAGCAACUAUGUAACAGCAAUGUCAAAGAUGAAGGAAAAUUUUCAUCGAUCGUGUCUUCCUCCACAGGAGAAAAGACUAUGGGCUACAUGACAUUGUAUGAGGAGCGCAAGCAGCGAGUCUUUGGCAGGGCUCGCCACUUCUUCCCUCAUGUGGCUCUACCAAAUCCAGACUCCUCUAGUGGCCGACGAACCAAGAAAGACCCCAUUCGGAGAUUGAAAGAUUCUCUUCAUUGCCACAUCAAGCUUCAACUCAGCAAGUUGGAGUUGAAGGAUCUCAUGAAGAUGACUAACCGUGAAAAUGGAGUACAGUUGUGCGUGUACCUUGGAAUGAACGAAGAAGCUGCAAAGAUGAAAUUUGCUGCACAGAAGAUGUGGGAAGACGCGCUUGGUGUUGUUGGAACGACACCGACCAUUGACAUGAUUUACCACCUUCUCCAACACAUUGAAUAUGACAAUCCCUCCUAUGGGGAACCAACCGACGGAGAAUUCAUUCAGCAUUACAAGACAGUGGAACAUAAGGAUGGGAGCAAGCUAUAUUUGGAUUACAUGUCACUGAAUAUGAGCAGGGGCGCAGAAUUGCAAGCGGUUACAGCAUUGGAAGAGUGGCUGGGAGAAGCCGGAUACGACGACCACUUUAUGCAUGGUACCACUGCUAGUGUCCUCCAAAAGGUCGAGGAAUUAGCACGAAUCACCCAAAGCGAGGGUACGCAUGAUUUUGGUGACGGUGUGUACUGCACAAAGAACACACUUCAGAACGACCUGAAGAUGGCGGUAUUAAGUGCGCUGGACCGCAGCUGGCCAGACAGCAGCAAAUUCGUCGACAACAGACGGGGCAAUUCUACCAAGAAAGGCAAUGCUGCCAUUGUACUCUUUUGCAAACAGCCAGAGAUUGAUGCGUCCCGCUGGCUUGAUGUUGAUAAUGCCAAGGUUGAAUCGGAAGAGGAUCUCAAAGCUUUCUUUGGCCCAGGGUUGAAUGACAAAUCCCUUGAACGACUUCUAGUUUUGCGAGAAGGAUGGUCCAAAGAUCGCAUGGCCUGGAAAUCUCUUGUAAAUCUGGCGAGGUUCUAUCGAAUUUAUCCAUGUCCAGUUUCCCAUCAGGUUCGCUUCGGUACACUUCAUGGUGCAGACACCACAGUGGCCACGGACAUGUGCAACGAGCCAACACCUGACAGAGACGAUUGCAAGCAGUACAGCUUUGUGGAUCCCGAUGACUUGGGUAACGAGAUGCUUUUCAUUGAGUUUCACAUGGAUUGGGAGAGCUGGUUUCCGAAUGGCCUCGACAACUAUGACGACGAAGCAUUGAAGCGCGCAGCAAGGCGAUGCAAGACAGACUGCUUUAACGAUGCCAAAGCAACGGCGUGAGUAUAGCGUUUACAAGGAUAGUAAAGAAAUUCUUUCUUGGAC